AAGGACAGAAGCUGAGCUAUAUCAUUAUUAUCCUAAUAUCUUUUUACGAUGACUCUAAAAUGGUGGUCAUCAUAAAGAGUAUUUGUAUUUAGAUAUGGAUUUGUUAAAUGUUACACAUUAACUAUUAUUUAUUUAUAAAAAUUUUUUUUUAAAAUCCUUUUGUGUAGUUAGUGUAAUUUAUUAGCAGAGUGCCUGUUAUAUUGAUUAAAAAAUGUCGUCAGAUGAUGAAAAACCCCCCGCACCACCAGUUCGUUUGACAUCCAAUAGAAGUACUGAUCUUGUCAAUAGUUCUAUUGCUGUGGAUAGGCCCCUUCCCAAGGAACCUGAAGAUUUGGAUAAGAAAAAGAAAAAUCUUAAAUCAAAAAAGACCCAUAAACUUUCUACAUAUGCUUCUGAUAAACCUAAUAUUUCCUAUCCUACUAACUUUGAACAUACAGUACAUGUUGGAUUUGAUCCCAUUUCUGGAGAAUUUACAGGAAUGCCUGAAGCAUGGUCCCGUUUAUUAAUGAAUUCAAAUAUCAGCAAACAAGAACAGAAGAAUAAUCCACAAGCUGUUUUAGAUGUCCUGAAUUGGUAUGAUACGAGUUCCAAAGAGCCUCCUAAUACUAAAUAUAUGACCAAAACUGCCACUACACAUUCUGGUGGUUCAACAUUAAGUAGAGUUUCUAGUUCAAGUCCGAGUAGUACUACACCAACAGAGGGUGAUAUAGGCCCCCAAUCUUAUCAUAGUCCUGCACAUAUUGCAAGUUCCGAAAUUGAAGAUGAAGCUCCACCUCCACCAAUUACAAGUCGGCCCGAGCGUACAAAAAGUAUUUAUACAAAACCAAUUGAAGAAGUUCAGCCCAUUAACACAGGUAAUGGCACGCCUCCACAAGGACUCAGUCCAUCUCAUCUUCCUACCCCAGCACUCGCUAGUACCAAUUCUACUAUUAAUAGUUCACCUUCGGCACCUGUAUUUGAUAAAAAUAAAAAUCAAGCUGGUUCUGAAAUGUCAAGAGCAGCUUCAGAGAAAAGAAAGAAAAAAAUGACUGAUGAAGAAAUAUUAGAAAAAUUGAGAAGUAUAGUAUCUGUUGGAGAUCCAAACCGGAAGUAUACUAAAUUAGACAAAAUUGGACAGGGAGCUUCUGGUACAGUUUAUACAGCAAUAGAAACUGCUACUGGUAUGGAGGUAGCUAUUAAACAAAUGAACCUUUCACAACAGCCUAAGAAAGAAUUGAUAAUAAACGAAAUACUAGUAAUGCGAGAAAACAAACAUGGAAAUGUCGUUAAUUAUUUAGACAGUUAUUUAGUGAACGAGGAACUCUGGGUAGUUAUGGAGUAUUUACCUGGUGGAUCAUUGACUGAUGUAGUAACAGAAACAUGCAUGGACGAGGGACAAAUCGCAGCAGUCUGUAGAGAAGUUUUACAAGCCUUGGACUUUCUUCACUCUAAUCAAGUGAUUCACAGGGAUAUCAAGUCUGACAAUAUAUUGCUAGGUCUCGAUGGUUCUGUUAAAUUAACGGAUUUUGGUUUCUGUGCUCAAAUUAGUCCAGAACAAUCGAAGAGAACUACAAUGGUCGGUACACCUUAUUGGAUGGCACCAGAAGUUGUUACUAGAAAGCAAUAUGGGCCUAAGGUCGAUGUAUGGUCGUUAGGGAUAAUGGCGAUAGAAAUGAUAGAGGGAGAGCCUCCUUAUUUAAAUGAAAAUCCACUCAGAGCCCUUUAUCUUAUUGCCACUAAUGGUAAACCUGAUAUUAAAGAAAAAGAAAAAUUAUCGACGGUAUUUCAAGACUUUUUAGACAAUUGUUUGGCAGUUGAAGUGGAUAAAAGGUCAUCAGCUAGGGAUUUAUUAAAGCAUCCAUUUUUAAAGUUGGCGCGCCCACUAGCAAGUCUCACGCCACUAAUUUUAGCAGCCAAAGAUGCCGCCAAACAACACUAGCGGUAAUAUCGAUCUUUAACGAAUGCCCUUGUAACUAUCCCUAUGAUGAACAAUACAAUAAGGGAAAUUUAAUUUUAUAUUUUUGACAUUUAACGGAACUUUAGGCAAAUGUCAUUUCGUUUUCAUUACUAUGUACUAUAGCUUUAUUUAAGCAGUAUUAAUUUGCGUCAAAUGCGAUUUUAAAGUGGGUUAAUCCAUUUAAAAAUAUAAAUUUGUAAUUCGUUUCAUCCCUACUAUAGUAAUUAAUUAAAAAAAAAACUAUUUUCUUGUGAUGUUUUACAACACUAUUUUCACAGACUAUGACAUAAUUGUCACUAUAUUCUGUUUGACAUUGCUUUUUCAAACGUUCAUCUGAUGAUGAUGAUACUAAUAUAAUAAAUACUUAUGUAUAUUUGAAUCGAUCAGGGUUUAGUUCAGAGAGUCUGGCAAAAGUGGCUUCUGUUUUUGUAGUUAUGUAUUGAAUUAACGUCUAAUCACUUUGACUUGAGAUCAAUAUAAAGACAAUUACCUGUAACCGACAAUUUAUUUUCAAAACAAAGUUUUAGACAUUUGGCUAGAUUACCGUAAUAAUUAAAGAGAAUGAUACUCUAAGAACAAUACCCCAUGUUACUAGGAAUUGCAAUUUUUUAGACCUUGUAUUAUACAUGUAUAGGUAGUAAUAGUAGUGUCGAUCUUUAUAAUUGAUUAAAAUGCUUUGCAUUUCUAGUAAUAUAGGUUGUAAUAUAUAUUUACAUAUAGUUAAAGUUAUAAAUAAAAGGUGGUCAGACGAAAAUGAAGACGUGUCAACAGGACAUGUAUCAAUAUACUCUAUUAUGUUAUAUGAACGCUCCCACUCGACAUAUUUGCUUGGAAUUGGAAUAAUUUGGAAUAUUUUCGAAAGUAUUUUAUGUCUCAUGUUUUAUUUUGCAAUUUUUAUCGAUAAACACAUAUCAAUCACACUUGUUAGAAGCUCAGUUUUCAGUAAUACGUAAAAGACAAAUCGUUUUAGUUUAGGAUCCAUAAUUUUGUAUGACAUUUCUCUAUUUUAUAGAGUAACUAAUAAUGAAACGUUUACAAUGUUUUAUCACUGUUAAUCAAUUAUUAUUCAACAUUCCCAAUUAACAUGCGGGUAAGUGAAUACAAAUAAUACCAAUAUACAAUAUUUCACUCUUUCAACGUUGCCAAUUUCUACUUAGGUAAUGUCUUAUCAGAGAGGUGGCACUGCUGGGUUUUGCCCAUCAGUUUGUCUUACAACAAAUUUUGUAAAUGUAAAACUAAUUGAAAUUUUGUAGCUGUAAGUCAAGUUGAAUGGAUUCCAUUACAAUGAGACCAAUUGAACGAGUUGCUUAAUGAAGUAUCAGAAUAAAUAAUAGAAUUGAAAAAGUAUUUUUUUCAGAUUUUUCUGUGAUAAACAACUGAUUAAUGUAUAGCUAAGUGUUGUCGCUUUUUGAAAAAAUUUUUAGAAAGACUGGUACUGGGAAGCGUACUCCUUUUUCCUAUCCUUUGAAUUAUUUUGACUGAAUCUGAAUCCUGUGAUAUUUUAUUUUACACAAAGACUCGAUGACGUAGAAUUCGUGUUACAGAAUUUACAUGAACGUAGGAAUAUCAGUGUAAAAUGGAAAAUCUGCUUAUUCCAAUCUAUCAGUGUAAAUUCCAAUUUGUUAUUUUAACUAGCCAGGAGCGUUCAUCUACAAAUGGUGGUGCUGUUCUUGAUGAUAACAUUUUAUUAUGUGUGGCUACCUUUUGAAUAAGCAUUUAGCAGGUUAAGUUCAACAAAGUAGCAUAAAUACCCAAAUAAUAUCAACCGUGACCUAUUUUAAUAAAAUUACUAAUAAUUUUAUGAAAAAAUGAGAUAACAACAAAUAAAAAUGCAUUAUAUUUGAGAUUUGAAACCAGUUUAUGCUUUGAGUUGGGUUUUUUUCUUUCUUAAAAAAUUUGACACAAUCUCAACAAUACUCGACUAAUUACGUUUAUAUAUCAACUUUAUACAUAGAUGGAAUCAUGGAAAUUAGUAUUAAAGUUUUUGAAAGUAAGCAUUUAAUGAUUUAUUAACAGUAUUAAUAAGAUAUUUGAUUUAUAAGAUAAGUUGUCAAAGUGCCAAGUUGUUGAACUCAUCCAGCGUUGCAUUGACAGGAAACUGUGCCUAAUUUCACUUUAAUUGUAACGUUCUGAGUUUAUUUGCGUCCAGUUUUUAAGAUACAAUUUUGUCUUUGAAACAUUCGACUCAUUUUUUUAUAACGCUGUUUUAUCGGGGAUAGUAUUAUAAUUUUUUAUAUAUACUGAAAAAUAUUUAUAUCAAAUGUAAUUUUAGUGGCCAUAAUAAUGUUUUAAACAUUUUUUUUUAAAUUUAUGUCAGCGAAUGUAUUGGUGUCCGUACCUUUUGCCCCACCUCAUAAAAACAAGGAAAUUAAAAAUUUUUACACAUUUCAAACUAAAGUUCAGAUGAUCAGAUAUGCAAAGUUGUAGAGAGACAGAAAUAUUUGUGUUUUAUGGCCAGGACUUAAUAACCCUGUGUCCAUCCUACAAGGGCCGAAAUUUUAUUUUUGUUACUCCCGAAGUUGAUUGUAACAUUUAACAGAAGUUUAAAUGGACAAUUCAAAAAGACACUGUCCUAAAUUGGAAGUUUUUUUCUCAAGUUUCAAGAAUGACUGUAUUUAUAUGUAUAUAACUGCUUCCAUAUAUAUUUUUAAGAUCGCAUAAAUACUGUUUUUUGUCAACGACAUUGUACUGACAAUACUACAAUGCUAAAUCCUUUUAUCAAAUAGUGUUCUUUCAAAAUUUGACUUGUUUCCUUAUUAAUUACGAUGAAUUCUAAAUCAUUUUCGACGUUUUCAAAUGAUUUUUAUCUGGGAGUUAAAUUUAUUAUCGGGCAAAAAAUACGGACUGGACUGAUUACUUAUUAAGCUUUUAGUUUGUGUAUACUUUUAAGCUAUGCUUUUGAUUAUUAUUUAGUUAUUUGCAGAAACCACGAGGGCGUUCAUUUCUACGUUUUAUUAGAUAUAAAUAUAUUCACGAAACUGAAACAUUUUAGUUGGCUAAACAUUUAAAAUUUAAAAUUGAAGACUCAAAUAAGCAAGACGUUAGUAUCUGAUUGACUGUUAAGGAAAUAAAAAUCGAUAACUUUGCCCGAACAUAAUUAAUACCAGCUACAUCAGUUUGUUAGCCACUCAUUCUAAAUACUUGGUUAACAAUUACUUGGUUGAAUUUCCUAAUUUAGAGGAGAUUCAAUGUAAUCUCCUUGGUUAGUUGUACACUGGAGGAGUAGUUGUUAUUAUACUUGAAUGACUUUGAACUGUAACGUUUUCCGUAGAAUCCAAAUGACAUUUUUCAAUUUCAAAAAUCAAAGUCACAAGGAGUUAAAUCAGGGUUGAUAUCAAAAGAUUAACGAACAAGUUUCUUCGAUUUUCAUUUUGUUUAGUUGUGAGGUUCUUCGCCGUUAUUUUGGCACUACUAAGUUGGAUUUUCUAGUUGAAGUGUUCAAAAACCAUAAGUUUCUUAUCAAAAUCCACAUCUGACAGUGUAAUUGUGAGUGUUUAUGUAGUGGUAGUGUAAACAGUGUGUUCAGUAUUUGGAACCACUGUUUGCAAAUAUUGCGUAGUAUAUUUCAAAUAGCUCUCUGCUUUUGCUUUCUAAUCAGCAUGCGUUUGGAUCUGUACACUUUACGCAUAAUUCUUAAUUCCUAAACGCAUAAUAUGUAACCACUUCUUAAAAACUCUAUUCUCUCAAGAGCUCUAACAUUUUAACGUUUUUUUGGAACAUACAACACUAUUUAAUAAGAAAUUUCGAAAAUGGAACAUAAUGUGAAAUUUCGUGAAUGUAUUUACGAGUUAUGUAACUAUAAAAAAUUGACAAAGGAAUAUUAUUUUUGAAGCCUUUAUAUAUAUUCUAUUUGCUUUGAAAAAAUGCUUGUGUGUUAAUUUCGACAGAUUUGUCGCUUGCUCAAAAAUUUAUUAUUAUUUAAAUGAUAACGAACGUAUUGUUGUUAUUGUAUACUUUCACCCCGCUGAGAAUACCGGUGCAGAAAAGAAAAUUUUCGCAUCUACUAUUAUUGUGUAUUUUAUUCUUUCUGUACUUGUUUUAUUUUGCUGGUUGGUAUUAAAUUAUUAUUUUUCUUAUACGAUGUAGCGAAUGAAUCUAUUUUUCUUUUAGAUAAAUGUAUUAUAUUGAAGUAAUUUACAUAAUAAUCGUUUUUCUUUUCCAAUUUUUUUACAAAUAAACAAAUAUAUUACAUUUUAACGUGCAUAAACUGGAACCGCAAGGUCAUGAUUACAUUUAUCUUGAAACAAAGUUGUUUUGUACUCAUAUAUAGUAAUUCAAUUUUUGUUACUAUCAUUUAUUUAAUGAAAUCUCGAGAUGUCAUGUGUAGAAAAAUCUUUGAUUGCCAUUAAUUAAUGAGAGUUCUCAUGUUGACCUGUUUUAUUUGUGUUUUAUACAUUCCAUUGAUUCAACUUCUUUCUUAGUGUGUGUCAUUUUCUCUUUUUUUGUCCAUUUGUUAAGAUUCACAUUUUGUAUGUAUUUGUCAUUAUUUCAUAUUUUAAACACAUUUAACUCUAAUAAUUUUGAAGAAAUUUUACAAUUUUCAACAAACCUCAAAUCAAUCUACAGAAUUGAGAUUUCACUUUCAAUUCUGACGUGUGAAUUGGUGCAUUGUCUAUGAGUAAGAGCUGGGAUAAAAACGUUCAGUCACAAAAAAUUUCAUCCGGGACUUUUUUUGAUUUUUGUAUAAAACAGGAAGCUUGCUUAUGAGCUUAAAAUAUCUAGACCGCUUUGCUUUCCCAGUAAUAAGCAGCGAGAGCCUGUGAUCACCAGUAGAGUUAGCGCAAACCAUGGUUGUAAUGCGGGAUUUGCUUUGUACUCAGGCUCUGCAAUUUCCAAAAGGGAAACAAGUAACUUGGUUGGCAGCUUUUUUCAAUUGAGACCUGUUUCGUCCGUAUUGUAAAUGUUCUUGGGUUCAAAACCUUUGCUUUGCUUAAUUUCUACUAUUCAUAUCAAACAUAAUUUAUUAGUCUAAGGUCACAUGUAAAAAUUGAUAUAAUAAUAAAUAUAAAGAGAUAAAAGUGAUAUAAAAUAAUGAGAAACUCACCUGUCCAAACAUGAACUACAAAUGUAUUUCUUUUUGUUCUUGGACCCUGAGCACAGGUCAUGAGACCAUGAAGCACAUUCCGUUCAUUUCACCCGCUUUUUGCCGCUUCGAUCUUGAGACAAGUUUUAUGUUUCAUAUAGGGCACUCUUCAUUUUCUUCAGUAUUGCUGGAUUCACUACAAGGAAUUUCUAGCUGAGCUCUUUUAACUGGUGGAUGUUUCUGUUUUAAUGAAGUAGGCUUGAAAUUAAGUUUUUUACCUUUGAUACUUUGAUAUCCUUUUUUCCCUGAGACUCCCGAAUUUUUACAGUGGUCUUCUGAAUCUGUUUGCUGGUUGAGAUUUGUUCCAAUGGAGUUGAGUCCUUGGAAGAGCUGUCUAAAAUCUUCAGGGCCACACACCUUUUUUAAAGCUGUUUACUGCAGUUUUUUCAACUGCUGCUCGUUCGGAGGCUUAAUUAAGCAACCGAGCUACCUGCAUGUUCGUAACUAUCCUACCAGGGUGGUUACAGAGCCAAUUUUCUAUCGCCUGAGCAUAGAAUGUCUUGAAGGGUGUUGAAUGUGGUAGCAAGCACAAGAUCGAGCAACUCUGAGAAACUUAGAGGGACGAUAUAUAUACCUUAUACACACUAGUUUUUUGCUUUUCUUUUAGUUCUAUUUUCAUUAUUUUUUUAUGACAUUACCCGUUUAACUGUGACUUAAGUUUUGGCUUUAUUUUAUCAUUUUCUACUGCAUAUAUAGGUGAAGUGUUUUUUUUUUCAAGCUUUUUUCGUUAUUAUAUCAUUAAUUUGCUUCGUUUACUUUGCACUUCUCAUUCUGACCCACAUACUUUUUAUUUUUUUUAACGUUGAUCUUGUUGAGUUCUAAUGUUCUGCGCCAUUUUUUGCAAAGUAAACAAUUUUGACAAAAAGCUGGAUCUUCUUUUUAUAAAUUUUAAUAAUCGUUUUUAAACAUAAAAUUAAUUACAAAACAAGUUUAUCUCGAGAUUUUAUCCAAUUUACAUGAAUAUGAAUGAAUUAAAAUAUAUAUAAAUGAGUUAUUUAAAUAAUUUGUGUAAAGUUCAUUAAUUCAAACGCGGAAUUUGAAAAAAAAAUAUAUAGUAUGAUUGAUAGAAUGGCUGUAUAAUUACUAUAGGUAUUUUUGCACUAGUAUUUAUGAUAAAAAAAUGUGAUUGCGUAGAUAUAUUGUUGCCAAUAAAAGAUAUAGCGAGUGGAUAAUAAAUCAUUUUUUAAGUA